ACCGUAUAUAAGCCCCGUGCAUCGCCCGGACCAGGCAUCCGCAAUCCUCUGGGACAAGCGAGGUCACUGCUCCACAGAACCAGAGCUGAACCACCCAGCCAAAAACUCCUCCCUAAUCAUGAACGGCAAACUCGUGGCUGUCCUGGCUCUCCUCCUGAUUUCAGCGGCUGUGUCUCAAGGUCGGGCCCUGGCAAGGAUGGGAACCGAGCUCCGGUGCCAGUGCAUAGCCACUCAUUCCAAGUUCAUCCCUCCGAGAUCCAUUCAAGACGUGAAGCUGACCCAGAGCGGCCCCCACUGCAAGAACGUCGAAGUCAUAGCUACUCUGAAGGACGGCAGAGAGGUGUGCUUGGAGCCCACUGCUACCUGGGUACAGAUGAUCGUAAAGGCAAUUUUGGCCAAGGCCCAACUCAAUUCUGACUCACCACUCUAAGAAACGCCAAGACAGAAAAAACCUGGGAACUGCUCCCGCCCCUCCGUUGAGAGAAAGAGUCAGGAAAAGCAUCGUUCAGUGUGCCAUCUUCCACCCCCUGCAUCACUGCUACUAUGUUCAUUAUGGACUGGUUUAUUUAUUUAUUUAUUUGCUUAUUUAUUUAUUUAACUGCAUCUAUUUAAGAACGUCUUUCAAAGUGGCCAGCGUUGUCUGCGGGACACGCUGUUCAUUGACAGUGAAGAUGCUGAAUAGGAAAAGUGGUUUGCUAAAGGAAAUGAAGAACCCUUGGCAGCCAUUUCAGCCAAACACAACUAGUUAAGUGCAAUGCACUUACAGCACAGAUUAUUUACACUAAGCCUUACUGUUUUGCUAUUACACCAGCAAACUGGUGAUUCCUCCUGCUCCCCUGGAGUGCACUCGUAUGUUGUGUCAACAAUAGUUUCUUGAACCACAGUCAGCCUGUGGCUAGACUGUGAACUGUGAUUUAUGACUUCAAAAAUCUAGCCUGCAGAAUCUUUAAGACAGUGGGUUUGGUACUUAUUUACUGUGAUUUCCAUGAUAUUUAUAAAUGUAUUUAUAGAGUUGUUUCUGUACAAGAGCUAAAAUUAUGAUAAUUUAUUCAGUUUCUACUGGAUUUUCCAUUCCUACUAUUAAUUUCUUAAGAAAUAUUCACCAUCUCAUUGCUCUGUACAAGGAGUUGGUUGUAUGUCUAAUUAGCUACUCAAUCAGCUAAUGGAAAAAACUGCAUCUUACAUAUAUAGAAUUUGCUUGUGAGUGUAA